AUGCCUUCCAGAUCAUCCGGGGAUACCGGACCUCUUCUCAGCGGAGCACUAGAUAACGCUCAGAUACCACACCAAUCACUAUGCGUCAUCAGCGACAGUAUAAGUUUUUCUGGGUUGAACAUCUUCAAAGAAACCCUCGCAAGGGGUAUACGGAGAGGGGAAGAGACGACCCUGAUCUCCAUCCUUCACCCUCCCGAAAUACUCCUACCAUCUUCAACAUCAUCGAAAAUCAAUGUUAUAGAUUUAUCAAAUUCUAUCAAUGGCUAUGGCGAGGAACCAACAUCGAUUGAGAGUAUAAAAGAGAAAAUUCUGUCCACUUAUACAUCCGGACAGAUAUUUAUCGACGCUUUGGAUAUCUUAUCUGAAGAUUAUUCAGCCUCGAAAGUAUUAUCACUUCUCAAAAAUAUUCUCAGCGUAAUCAAAAAAGCUAAAGCACCAUCCCGUCUCAUCCUCCUCCUCCCACCUUCUUCAACAAUUUACCACUCCCUCAUCACACCGUCGUUCCAUUCAACACUCACCCUGAUCACUCCUCAUUCACCACAUUUGGUCGAACACCUAUCGAAAUCCUAUCUCUCACCUAUAUCUUCGAUACCUUCACCGAACCUAUGGAUGAUUCUUGAAAAUACCACUAAAAGAUCAACUCAUCAGGAUAUGGCUCUUAAAGCUUCAAGUGAGAAGAUCGAAUUUGAUCCGUGCUGGACACAAUCUCUGGGCGGCCCAACAGCAAUCGUACAAGUAUUGGUGCGGAAGCCGACGGGAGGAAUUAAAGGGAUAAGUAGAUCUUUAGAAGGUCUCAAGUUCAAUGAUGAAGAAAAGGAAUUCAGAGUGGUGGAUCUGGAUCAACUUGUAGAUUUGAAUCCUUUCUCCAAGCCUCUGACUGCUUCAGUGAGUGGAGGGGAUAAGACUAUAAACACUCAUUCGGAGUUGGAUUUACCGUUUAAUCUGAGUUUGACGAAUGAGCAGAGGAAUAAGAGAGCUCAAGUACCACUGCCUUAUGCUCAUGAGGGUGAGGGAGCGAGUGGGGAUUUGAUAUGGGAGGAUGAAGAAGAGACGGAUGAUGAGGAGAUAUAA